CGCCGAUGGAGGUGACAACACGUUGCGCCAACUUCCCCCGUGACGCAGGCAUUCAUGAAUUGUUGAUGGUUUUGCACUGAACUCGGCGCAUGAUGCUGCUGUCAAGGGUCAUGACCAUUCGAUGGCACGCAGCUGCUCAUAGAUAAAGUCCGCUCAUAACCGAUUCUCAGCUUCGACAAUGAGGCGAGCCAGCAUGUCGUGGCUUUGGAAGGGAGAUGCCAACUCCCCUGCGUCUUUCGAGAAAGCCCUAUCCAAGCUAUCCUCGCAAAUCACUGCCGCCAACCUCACGCUUGACACGAGUCGCAGUCGAGAUCGCCGAAUCAAGGCUCUGUGGACUCUUUACACAACCCUCACCUAUCUCCUUUACACUUUGAUCAUCGUACUCGUCCUUGGACCACGGAACUGGUCUAUAUAUCACUACGCCGGCCUCAUCGGAGCACCAAUUCUCAUAUACGUGGUCCGAAAGUCCAUUGCUGCCUUUUUUGACUGGAGAAUAGGCCGUCAGCAAGCAUACUUGGAGCAUUUGCAGAAGCAACGGGAACAAAAGAUUGCAGAUCUUAAGAAAGCUACAAAGUACGACAGUACUCAGGAACUGCUACAGAAAUAUGGAGGUGCUCCACCAACAAAGUCUCCCUCGAAGCAACCGCAACAGGGCGCGAAACGAAAGGCGAAUCCUCCCACAGACCAACGCCCUGUACAGAGGACUGGCAUCGCGCCUCCGCCGACGGCGAAUAUUCCAGGAAGACAUACUCCCGGUCCCCUCCCCCCAAACUCAAAUGUACAGACGGGGUCUGCACCUAUGUCGCCAACUCACGGCCCGUCACCACUUGCGGGCGCUAUGAUGGCACACAGUCCGGUCGAGAUAACGCCAGACUCUCCAGGCUUUGCUCCAAAUGCCUUCUCAAACAUGCCACCUCCUUCCAGCACCACGUACGAGCAACCACCUCACUGGUACGACCGCAUACUGGAUGUUCUUCUUGGUGAGGAUGAAACCGCCGCCAAGAAUAGAUUGGUCUUGUUAUGUUCCCGGUGUCGCUUGGUCAAUGGUCAAGCCCCUCCUGGUGUGAGGACACUAGAAGAACUAGGGCGCUGGAGAUGCAGUGGGUGCGGUGCUUGGAACGGAGUCGAGAGUGAAGGGGCAAAAGUUGUAAAAGAAGUAACUGAUGCUUCGAAGACGGAAGAUGGGGAGGGGUGGGAGAGCGUGCCACGAGCUGCGGAUAUUCGAGAGGAAACACCGGAAGACUCAAAGCCCGAAGAAAUGGCUGAUAUCGGCUAUCAGGGAACAACAGGGCGAGAAGGUGAUGAUGAUGCCGGCCUCACCAAGAGAGUCACCCGUAGUGCCGGCAAGAAAGAUUCCCUUGAGUCUUUGCAAUGAAUGAUGCCUGCUUCUAUCUCCCACGUGUGCCAGACUUCCCGGUCAUUUUCUUCCAGCAGUCGAUUCUACCCCGGAAUCAUUGGCACCCAGCAUACGAGGUUCUCUGUACACGUAGGCGCCUC